UAUGCGUCUGGUGUACAGUUUGUCAGCCCUCCAGCUUUUCGUUUCAAUAGACGGUUCAAUUGUUUCUCAAAGCGGGUCGAUUGGAGAUACUUUUAGGCAGUGUUUGAUAUCGCAGGCCCCCGGCAAUUUGGGACAUUGCUUAGGGGUAGGAGCAAUCACCCAACUACAAAGUUUGGAUAGCAGUCCCGAGUUUGAUCUGGUUGAUGGACUUACUUUAACGAGAGAUGCACAAGAAUACAGGGAUGUGCACAAUUUUGCCGAAGGUGAUCCUUCUAGUCUAAGAAGUCUUGUGGACUCCUUCAGUUAUGUUUUCUCCAAACGCAACACCCGCUGGGAUAUGGGUUUUCUGUACCCCGGACUAGCUAUACGUAUAUCGCCAUCUGUCCACCAAGGUGGCACACUUGAAUUCACUCUAGAUUCGCAUCGUGAAUCGCUGAACGUGCAUUCACUGAAAGAAGCUGGAACGGGUAGACUCUUGGCCAGACAAUUUCUUUUACCGUUUCUUCUAGGAUUUAAGUUCAAUGUUGCUAGUUUGAUACCAAUAUUGUUUGGGAUACUCGCGUUAAUAGCCAAAAAAGCACUCAUAAUAAGUAAGAUAGCACUUAUCGUUACCAGUGCUCUCGCGCUAGGUUCUUUACUUCUUGGAAAUGAUAAGUACCAACAGCAUCACUACGCUCCCAAUCAAUUUGGGCAUCCUGGUUAUGAGGGUAUCCAUGGAUAUAACAGUGCCACUAAGCACUUCUUGGAAGUUAUCAAUGAUGAUAAUUGCGAAGGACCUCCUAAGAAAAUUGCUGUCUUGGAUGUCCCAGGUCAGAGUUCUACACCUCCUUCAAGUUGUAUUGUCUCUCCAACAACUGGUACUCAAACACAAGCAUUUUUGAGCUGUGGAACUCCACGAAAGACGAAGUUGCGUGAGAAACUAAGAGCUAUGACAAGGAAAAAUUGCAUGAAAACCUCCAGUCAUGAGAGAGAUCCGACUCUAGAGGACUUCAAUGAGAUGUAUGACAAGUUUCUGAGUUUCAGGAAUUGUCAAAACACAAGCCAACUUGAAGAAGUUAAAUCCGUCAGCAAGAAGUUCGUGAAAAACUGCAGUACCAUGCGUCUUAGAUUGUUAAGUUUAGUGUUGCUUUUAUCUAUUGAAAAAUAUGCCAGGUCGGAAAAUAUAACGGAUUUCUUGAGCGGAAUAAGUGUCUAUAAGAAAUGCUUUUAUGAAAAACACCCUGGAACUUGCCUCAGGAAAAAAGCUUUGGAAGCGCUCAAUGAAACAAUCAUGGAUGAUAGACCUAUCACCAUAGGAUUUCUUGAAAUUCAAAAAAAUCCUGAUUACUUUGUGAACCGGACAGAAUUGGAGAAUUUCCCUGAAGUUACCGAACGCAGUGCAAAACUCGGAGACGUUUUGAUGGAAAAAAUUGACGAGUUUUUCAAAUCUAGGACAAUCAAACUCAAUUUAUCUAAUGCGUUUGAAGCUCGGAAAGGGGGAGGAGGUGGAGGAGGAGGUGGUAAAAAGGGUGGUAAUAUGGCACUGAUGGCUGCUGCUGGAAUGUGUGCCAUGAUGGCAAAUAUGGUAAUGGGAAAAAUGGCGCUAAUGGCUGGUUCGGCAUUGAUGAUAGCAAAAGUUUCGUUACUCCUUUCUUUGGUGAUGCUGCUCAAGAAAAUGCAGGAAAAAGGAGGAGGCGGAGAGGAAAAACACAUCGUGUACGCUGAUAGUGGACACAGUCAUGGUGGUGGAGGUGGAUACGGAGGAGGAGGAGGAUGGCACAGGAGUCUAGACGACCCUCAUAACAUCAUCUAUAAAGGCCAGUGGACUGCCUCAUCAGAUAAUGGUUCAGGUUUAUAAAGAAACGAUGGCUUCUUCUACUUCAAGAAAACAACGAAAACAUGGUGACAGAUAAAUCCAUAUGGAAGUUCAGUUCAAUGUGUGUAUAUAUUUAUUACAAAAUAGUUAUAUUAACUAGACUGAAACAUAUUUAUAUUACAUAGAAUUUAACAUUGAGUCAAUUGAUGUUGACGAAAUUAUUUAUUCAACUUGGAACUUGUAGUGAUUCAAU